CCCGGCGCGGCGACGGCGCUUCCGCCUGGCUGCCCGGCGGGGUGCGAGCGGCCCCGCGAUGUGGCUGAGCCCGGAGGAGGUGCUGGUGGCCAACGCGCUGUGGGUGACGGAGCGGGCCAACCCCUUCUUCGUGCUGCAGCGGCGCCGGGGCCACGGCAAGGGCGGCGGCCUCACGGGUCUUCUCGUGGGUACCCUGGACGUGGUGCUGGACUCCAGUGCUCGAGUGGCCCCUUACCGCAUCCUGCACCAGACCCAGGACUCACAGGUCUACUGGACCGUGGCAUGUGGUUCUUCCCGCAAAGAGAUCACAAAACAUUGGGAAUGGCUGGAAAAUAACUUGCUCCAGACGCUGUCCAUCUUUGAUAACGAGGAAGAUAUCACCACCUUCAUCAAGGGCAAGAUACAUGGCAUCAUCGCAGAAGAGAACAAGAACCUGCAGCCCCAGGGAGAUGAAGACCCGGGGAAGUUCAAGGAGGCGGAGCUAAAGAUGCGGAAGCAGUUUGGGAUGCCUGAGGGCGAGAAGCUGGUCAACUACUACUCCUGCAGCUUCUGGAAGGGCAGAGUGCCCCGGCAGGGCUGGCUCUACCUGACAGUCAACCACCUGUGCUUCUACUCCUUCCUGCUAGGGAAGGAAGUGAGCCUCGUGGUGCAGUGGGUGGAUGUCACAAGGCUGGAGAAGAAUGCCACACUCCUCUUCCCUGAGAGCAUCCGUGUGGACACCCGUGACCAGGAGCUCUUCUUCUCCAUGCUCCUCAACAUCGGUGAGACCUUCAAGCUCAUGGAGCAGCUGGCUAACCUGGCCAUGAGGCAGCUACUGGACAGCGAGGGCUUCCUGGAGGACAAGGCCCUGCCCAGGCCCAUCCGGCCACACAGGAACAUCUCAGCUCUGAAGCGAGACCUGGACGCCCGAGCCAAGAACGAGUGCUACCGGGCCACGUUCCGGCUACCCAGGGAUGAGCGGCUGGAUGGCCACACAGGCUGCACCUUGUGGACGCCGUUUAACAAGCUGCACAUCCCUGGCCAGAUGUUCAUCUCCAACAACUACAUCUGCUUUGCCAGCAAGGAGGAGGAUGCGUGCCACCUCAUCAUACCCCUGAGGGAGGUGACCAUUGUUGAAAAAGCUGACAGCUCCAGUGUCCUGCCCAGCCCUCUGUCUAUUAGCACCAAAAGUAAAAUGACCUUCCUCUUUGCCAACCUGAAAGACCGUGAUUUCUUGGUUCAAAGGAUCUCCGACUUCCUCCAGAAAACGCCAUCCAAGCAGCCAGGCAGCAGCUUCGAGGGGAGGAAAGUCAGCAUUGUGGACCCAGGCCCAGAGGGGGCUCAUCUGGGCUGGCUCCUGGGAAGUCCUUGGACACAUUCCUGGUCAUCUGGUGGCUUCCUUGCUUCCUGCAGCCACCAGAGCUUCUGUGCACAGGAGGCGCCGACUGCUUCCCAGGGUCUGCUCAAGCUCUUCCAGGGAAACUCGCCCAUGGAGGACCUCGGAGCCAAAGGGGCCAAGGAGAAGAUGAAAGAAGAAUCAUGGAACAUCCACUUCUUUGAAUAUGGGCGUGGCGUAUGCAUGUACCGCACGGCCAGGACGCGCGAGCUGGUCCUGAAGGGUGUCCCUGAGAGCCUCCGGGGAGAGCUGUGGCUCCUCUUCUCCGGGGCUUGGAAUGAGAUGGUAACUCACCCCGGCUACUACGCAGAGCUGGUGGGGAAGUCCACGGGGAAGUGCAGCCUGGCCACGGAGGAGAUCGAGAGAGACCUCCACCGAUCCAUGCCUGAGCACCCCGCCUUCCAGAAUGAGCUGGGGAUUGCCGCGCUCCGGCGGGUGCUGACUGCCUAUGCUUUCCGGAACCCCACCAUCGGGUACUGCCAGGCCAUGAACAUCGUGACCUCGGUGCUCCUGCUCUAUGGCAGUGAGGAGGAGGCCUUCUGGCUCCUGGUGGCCCUCUGUGAGCGCAUGUUGCCGGACUACUACAACACCAGGGUGGUGGGAGCCCUGGUGGACCAGGGCAUCUUCGAAGAGCUCACGAGGGACUUUCUGCCCCAGCUCUCAGAGAAGAUGCAGGACCUGGGGGUGAUCUCCAGCAUCUCGCUGUCGUGGUUCCUGACCCUCUUCCUCAGCGUCAUGCCCUUCGAGAGUGCCGUGGUCAUUGUCGACUGCUUCUUCUACGAGGGCAUCAAGGUGAUCCUGCAGGUGGCCCUGGCCGUCCUGGAUGCCAACAUGGAGCAGCUGCUGGGCUGCAGCGACGAGGGCGAGGCUAUGACCGUGCUGGGCAGGUACCUGGAUAACGUGGUCAAUAAGCAGAGUGUUUCCCUUCCCAUCCCACACCUCCACGCCUUGCUGACCAGUGGGGAUGACCCCCCUGCAGAGGUGGACAUCUUUGAGCUUCUGAAAGUGUCCUAUGAGAAAUUCAGCAGCCUGAGAGCCGACGACAUUGAACAGAUGCGGUUUAAACAGAGGCUAAAAGUGAUCCAGUCCCUGGAGGACACAGCCAAGAGAAGCGUGGUCCGAGCUAUUCCAGUGGACAUUGGUUUCUCAAUUGAAGAGCUGGAGGACCUCUACAUGGUGUUUAAGGCCAAACACCUGGCCAGCCAGUACUGGGGGAGCAGCAGCGCAGCCGCCGGCCGCCGGGACCCCAGCCUGCCCUACCUGGAGCAGUACCGGAUUGACAUGGACCAGUUCCAGGAUCUCUUUGCCAGCCUGACACCCUGGGCUUGCGGCUCCCAUACACCUGUGCUGGCGGGGCGCAUGUUCCGGCUUCUGGACAAAAACAAGGACUUGCUGAUCAACUUCAAGGAGUUCGUGACAGGGAUGAGUGGGAUGUACCACGGAGACCUGACAGAGAAGCUCAAAGUGCUGUACAAGCUGCACCUUCCCCCAGCCCUGAGCCCGGAGGAAGCCGACUCCGCCCUGGAAGCAGCCCGCUAUUUCACAGAGGACAGCUCCUCAGCAGCGGCUCCUCUGACCUCAGAUCUGGAUCUUUCCCUGCCCUGGGGGGCUCAAGCACUACCACUGGAAGAGCAAGAAGAGAGUAGAAAUGAGGAUGUCCGAGAAAAAGGAGAGGAGAAGGUGACCAGCCCUCCAGACUACCGGUAUUACCUUCGAAUGUGGGCCAAGGAGAAGGAGGCUCAAAAGGAGACGAUCAAGGAUCUUCCCAAGAUGAACCAGGAGCAAUUUAUCGAGUUGUGCAAGACCCUUUACAACAUGUUCAGUGAAGACCCCAUGGAGCAGGACUUGUACCACGCCAUCGCCACGGUGGCCAGCCUCCUUCUCCGCAUCGGUGAGGUGGGGAAGAAAUUCUCGGGCAGGAAGCCCAGAGAUGGUGCCCAUAGUGGGGACCAUGACGCUGCCAUGGAGGACGAGCCACCAGCACCUGAGCCCCAUCAGGACCCAGCCCAGGAGCCCCAGGCAUCAGCUGGGGGGGACCCCCAGGCCAAAGCUGGUGGAGACACCCACCUCGGGAAAGCGCCGCAGGAGAGCCAGGUGGUGGCCGAGGGGGGCAGCGGCGAGGGACAGGGCUCACCCUCCCAGCUGCUGUCCGAUGAUGACACCAAAGACGACAUGUCCAUGUCCUCCUACUCAGUGGUCAGCACAGGCUCCCUACAGUGUGAGGACCUCGCAGACGACACGGUGCUGGUGGGCGGGGAGGCCCGCAGCCCCACGGCACGCGGCGGCGGCACCGUCGACACCGACUGGUGCAUCUCCUUCGAGCAGAUCCUGGCCUCUGUCCUGACGGAGUCUGUGCUGGUGAACUUCUUUGAGAAGAGGGUGGAUGUUCGACUUAAGAUCAAGGACCAAAAGAAGGUGGAGCGGCAGUUCAGCACCUCCAGUGACCACGAGCAUCCUGAAGCUUCAGGCUGAUCAUUGUAGCUGCACAGGCCCUGCCCGAGGCCUUGUCUCCUCCUGCCCUUGCUCCCUUUCUGUUCCCUUUGUCAAGAUGCACCCUUCCUCUUCGCCCCAGAGCAGUGAGUUGGAGUGGAAAGAAGGCCGAUGCCGGCACAGGUGCCUUAGAUGGAUCCCCAGGUGUGCAUCUCCUGGCGCCAGCUGCUCCCCAGGUCCAGGAAGAGGCUGGUGUCCCCACCCUGCCACCCAGUGGGGGGCCCAUCUGGCAACAGCCACCCUGCACAGUGUCAGAGACUGUCAGAUCUGCCUCCUGCUGCUCUGCCCCAUGCUGGUCCCCGCCCACGGCCGUUCUCCCGCAUGGUCCAGGGUCAUGUGCUUGUUGGGCACCAAAGUGAUGGAAGCUACAGGGUACUCUCCGGAAGCCCUCCAGCCUGAGCCUCCUGACUAUCAAACACAGGCAGAAGUCACCACAGGGCGGGUGCCACGCACAGGCAUGACAUUACGCGCUCUCUCAGUUCAUCAUCCUUACCAUUAACUUUAAAAGCACAUCCCUCAGGCCCUGAAAUAUUUCCUUGGAUUCAUUUUAGUUGGCUAAAAAUUACACUGUGCUUAAUGCCUUAAUAAAUCCCUGAAAGAAAUAAAACCCAAA